AUGCCGUUGCGAGGUCGCCCUUUGAACGCGACUAUCAGACAAGCAUCAUGGAGCUACAGAUCUCUCCGACAGUCCAGUAAAGCUCCUUGCUGCACUGCCAUUGGACCUGGACUUCGAACAACGCAAUGGAGUCGCCAAUACCACACGAGCCCGCGGCUUCGUCAGCAACCCAGCCAUUCCAUCGAUAAUCCUGUACUCGAGGAUUUCAAGAAGACAUUGAGCUUCCCGCAAUCAACAUGCAGCUUACGGGACCUUGCGCAAAAGGGACAGGGGCUUGCAGACGAGCAGAUCGUUCUGCACGGCUACCUAGGGACCCGCAGAGAUGCUUCGAAGUCACUCACGUUCGCUGAACUUCACGAUGCCGGCCUGAAGCACACUGUCCAGCUUGUUUCGACUCCGGUCAAAGGCGUCGACGGGAGCGAUUCGCCACAUCAGAAGUUACGCUCUCUCGAAACGCACACGCCUGUAGCUGUUGAUGGUACAGUCGUGUCGCGGAAGGCCCCUACAGCGAGCAAUGCGACCGAAGGCUCAAGGAACAUCAUCACGAGCGUAGAGAUCAAGGUCGACAACUUGGUCCCGCUGAACGAAUUCCCGAAGGACAUCAUCAUGCUGCCCGACACCGUUUUUUCAUCCGAACAACGGCAUCUGCAGCUGCGCAACGACAACGGCCUUCGGGAUGCCCUGGCGUUCCGGAGCAAGGCCGCCAGAGUGAUACGAGAUGAGCUCUGUGGCAAGCAGGACUUCACCGAGAUCGAAACGCCGUUGCUCUUCAAGUCUACACCAGAAGGUGCUCGCGAGUUCCUGAUUCCUACUCGUGAUCCAGGGAUGGCGUAUGCUUUACCGCAGAGCCCACAGCAGUACAAGCAGAUACUGAUGGCGAGUGGCAUACCGCGCUAUAUGCAGAUUGCAAGAUGCUUUCGCGAUGAGGAUCUGCGGGCGGAUCGGCAGCCCGAGUUUACGCAAGUUGAUCUGGAGAUGGGCUUUGCAAGUGGUGAAGACGUUAUGGCCAUCGUCGAGUCGAGCAUCAGGCGGAUAUGGGCGGACUGUUUAGGCAUCGACGAUCUACCAGAGAAAUUCGCUCGCAUGACAUACGAGGAGGCAAUGGCAAAGUACGGGUCGGACAAGCCAGAUCUCAGAUUUGGAUCGCAUCUGCACAGGAUCGAGUACAUGCUCCCUGUUGAUUUGAUCAAGAAGAUCGGCCCGCUCGACGAUCCUGCUGUUGAGGUUAUGAAGCUUUCGUCCUUCGAAGAUCCACAGGAGACCAGGAGAUUCGUGUCGGCGUUCAUGGACUCGUCCGAAGCGCCGCCUUUCGUCCAAAAUCCGGAAGGCCAGCCCGGCAUCUUCGUGUACGAUGUGCGAAAGCCGCUAUCAGGUCUACAGCCCUUCGGCUUCGAAGCAGCGGAGCAAUUGGAAGAGAUGCUCGAGCUUGACAACGGCGACCUUGUGGUUCUCCAGGCCCGUAAGAACGUCCCGUUCUCUGGCGGCUCAACAUCAAUCGGCAAUCUUCGUCUGGCGAUGCAGAAGUUUGCAGAGAAGCAAGAAGUACUACCUCGACGAACCGGCUUCCACUUCACCUGGAUCACUGACUUCCCCCUGUUCUCACCGACCGACGAUGCAGAGCCCGGUCAAGGCGGCGCAGCUGGCAUUUCUUCCACGCAUCACCCAUUCACCGCUCCGAAGACACCCGAGGAUGUCGAUCUCCUGCUUACGGACCCUUUGGCCGUGAAAGCCGACCACUAUGACCUCGUUGUCAACGGUGUAGAGCUGGGCGGAGGCAGCCGGCGGAUCCACAACGCCAAAAUGCAAGAGCUUAUUAUGCGUGACAUCCUGAAGAUGAGCGAUGAGCGAAUGAAAGAUUUCGCUCACCUGAUCGAGGUGCUGCGGGCAGGCUGUCCACCGCACGCUGGCAUUGCUCUAGGCUUCGAUCGGCUCGUCGCGGUGAUGCUGGGUAAGGACAGUGUGAGGGAUGUUAUUGCGUUUCCAAAGAGCGGAAGAGGAGAAGAUCUGCUUGUGAAGAGUCCGACGAAGAUGACGGAGGAGCAGAUGCGAACAUAUCAUCUGAAGCUUCGCGAUGGGAAGUGA